CGCUGUAACACCCACAUUACUUUUAGUCAACCACUUAGCGGGAGUUCAUCACAAGCGGUUGGACCAAUUCAUUAUUCUUCUCGUUAAGCCGACUCACUAUUAUCAGAGCAGCCAUGUCUGACAGGAAGGCAGUAAUCAAAAAUGCGGACAUGUCCGAGGAGAUGCAGCAAGACGCUGUGGAAUGUGCUACGCAGGCUCUGGAGAAGUACAACAUUGAGAAGGACAUUGCUGCCUACAUCAAAAAGGAGUUUGACAAAAAGUAUAACCCCACCUGGCACUGCAUUGUGGGCAGGAACUUCGGCGGCUACGUAACCCAUGAGACCAAGCAUUUCAUCUACUUUUACCUGGGCCAGGUGGCUAUUCUGCUCUUCAAGUCUGGCUGAGACAGUACUUCACCUCAUCAACUGACAAUUAAAUACUGACUGUACAGAAAGGCCGAUCAUUCCUGUUCUGGGACAUGCCUUUACUUGGCUGCUUCUCCUUUUUGUUGUUUUUUGUUUUAAGAAAAUGGCCAUGUAGGGGGGGGAAAAAAGAUAAGUAAGAAACAUGUAUUUAUUUUUUUUUCUAUAUGCAGUUUGAACAUUUGUCACUUUGGAUUUUUUUUUUAUUAUUGAAACAAGGGUUUGGCUGAGUGGACAAGAAUGGUUUCACAGAGGGUGCUUUAUGACUGGAAAUGCUACAGAUUCUCAGAGAGAUUCAAGGUGAAUUGGUACAUGACUACAAUCUAGAAGACACCAAUAGGGAGACACUCAGGGUUGGUUAUAUCACUGUAUAAGUAUGUUGGCCUUACUGUUAUAACAGACCUUCAGUGUGUCUCUUAAAUAAACUUUGAUGUGGCUUCACUUUUU